AUCACCAUGGCGUCGGUUGGGAGUGGGCUUGAACAUCAACGUGGGGCUCAUGAAGGGCCGCAGAGGAAACGAAGGGGCCCGGGACCCCUCGCCACUGCUUACAUGGUCAUCUACAACGUGGUGAUGACGGCCGGGUGGUUGGUCAUCGCAGUGGGUUUGAUCCGAGCUGGCUUGGCAAGGGGCACGUACCAUGGUCUUUAUUAUUCCAUCGAGAAGCCACUGAAGUUCUUUCAGACAGGAGCUUUGCUGGAGAUUCUUCAUUGUGCUGUAGGAAUCGUUCCAUCCUCUGUGGUCCUGACUGGGUUCCAGGUGAUGUCGAGGGUAUUUUUAACAUGGGCAGUAACACACAGCGUCAAACAGGUGCAGAGUGAAGACAGCGUGCUCUUGUUUGUCACUGCGUGGACAAUCACGGAGAUCGUUCGCUAUUCCUUUUACACCUUCAGCCUCCUGAACCAUCUGCCCUAUGUGAUCAAAUGGGCCAGAUACACGCUGUUCAUCGUACUGUAUCCAAUGGGAGUCACUGGCGAGCUACUUACAAUAUAUGCAGCCCUGCCUCAUGUUCGAAGGUCGGGCUUGUAUUCUGUGACCCUGCCAAACAAGUAUAACAUCUCCUUUGACUAUUACACAGUGCUGAUCCUGGUCAUGAUUUCUUACAUCCCAAUUUUUCCACAGCUCUAUUUCCAUAUGCUCCGCCAGAGGAGGAAGGUCCUGACCACAGAUGAAAGCAAGAAGAGCGAGUAGCUGCAGCAAAGAGGAAGAAGGGAGGGGGGUUUGGGGGCAAAGGGCACCUUGACCGGACUCUUUCCUCAGGAUGAUUGUUACGUCCCUAAUGAACUUGAGCAAUUGGUAUGAUUUUUGUUUUUGAUUGGACAUCUUUGUGACUAGUGUUCACCUCAAAGGGUGAAGGGUAUGUUGACCAUCUGAACCAUGACUCUCCAAAUCUGAAUUUAGUUUGUCUUGGCAGUGCAUUUGGUGAGAGGGAAAGGUAACAAAGGGGAAAAUUCAAACUUCCUGAACUCAUUACAGGACCUGAGGAAUUGAUGUCCAAACACACACCAAAUUGCACAUUAAAUCUUCAGUUGCAUUACUUCUGAUUUUUUUUUCCCCUCUGGAUGGAAAAGUUGUUUGACUCUCGGGGCCUGAAGAAGGGAGCCUGUCUCCAUGUGCUUCACUAAGUGGAGAUGAAGCAGCAGCUGGUGAGGACUACUAACUGUCUGGAGUUUCUAGGCUAAAAUCCUUUUAUUCUUUAUGUUGAAGAGUGACCUUAAGGUUGAUCAUUGUGUGUGAGGUUUCAACACCCUUGGAAAAGAUGCCAAGAUGAAUUUGUUAAUCUAGCCUGUUUAAUGAGGAUUUAUUUCAGUUGCCUUGGCUGAGUGGCCCCGGCUCGAGGCUAACAUAAGGCAAACAGUUGGAGUCAUUCCUAAGGUCCCUUUGCUGUGAGUUACUGCCGACUUCCCCCACCCCCUCCAGAAUUGGUUGCCUGUCACACCCAUACUUGUGACACACUGCCUUCCUGCACCAAUCAGAAAGCAAAUAGACCUUUCCCUGAUUGGAUGAUUCUUGACUGUUAAUCAAUAUUGGCCUCUUUAACCCCUUGAUGUCUGACUUUUAUAAUGCAUGAACUGAAAUCUUGAAGCCAUGAGAGAAGCAUGUUCUCUUGAUGCUCCGUUUAUAGUUUUCCUCCAGGGUUUUUCUGGCCUGGAAAUAAACCUUUUUUGAUUUCUGGAGACUCCAGCCUGUUCCUGGAGCGUUGACAACCCCAUGCUGGCAAUACUGCUGGUGUUGGUGACCGUGUAGUUCAUUGACAAACCUUCGAGAACUAGAAGUGGAAGCUAUGCCAUCUGAACAAUUUUAUGAUCCACUUCGUUUGUUCCCACCUCCACCUGCUUUCACCCACCCUUACUCCCCUCCCCCCAACUUGUCACACCCCAACCAUGUUUUGAAAACAAGACAUCUACUGUUUUUGUUUUGAUUGUUAAAGGUGAAAGUCGCUUCAAACUGUGAAGAGUUUAUGUUGUGAUACCACUCCUUUUGAAGGACUGAACUGAGAUUGUGAUUUCAGCUUCCCAGGAAAGGUGGCCAUUCCAGACUCCUGCAAUCAGUUUGUAGUAAAACUGGGCAGAUUGAUAAGACAGGACCAUAACUGGAUCACGUAAUGUUUGAAAAUAAUUUAAGAAAAGAUUUAAGUGCAAGUCCGGCUCGGCCCGUGCAUCAACAGAUCUUAACAUGUUCUUUUGUAUAUUUGGGAUUGUUCUUCAUAAUUAAGGACUUAAAGACUUAGCUUUCUCAAAUUUGCACUUUUUUUUUGCAUGAGUAUUUGUAAUUAAACUUUCCUAAAUGUCUCUAGGUCGGUGUGUAGAUAGGAAAAAGUAACAGAUGACUGUAACACUAUUGCUUGUUAUCUUGUUUGCAAAUUUGUCAAUCAUCUCAGAAAAAGAGCAUGGUUUGGUUUCUAUUCAUUCGCAUUUUGCGUUUUAACCCCAAAAUUCUUAUCAAUUUUUCAAAUUUGCUAUGUAGUAAAGGUAUCGGGCUUUCUGUCGAUGCCUAGGCCUGGAAGUAUUUUCUAUAACCUAUUUAAAUUGUCUUAAUCUUGUAUUCUGAGAACCGAAGAAAUACUUUUGAGUUUGCAUGGUCAUCCUUGGCACAGAUCAACUAGAAGAAACUCCUAUCCGUGUUAUAAUUAAACUUGUGGAACAGCA